AUGACAACCGCGCUUUCGGGCAACAUCUCUACCAAGUCCCGGGCUACCCGGAACCUGACUCUCGCACUCGGACCUCGAGUGCGAAGAGACAGUAUAGUUCCUCUUUGGCGAUGCUCCUCCACUGCCACCACCAAUGCCGCUGCUGCGCUUGAAGCGACGCCCACCAACACACCAGUCGUGAAAGGUGCAGAGACACCUCUAUCAGAACUCCCACCUCUGGUUCUCUACAGAUCCCUCCUCAUCAAUGCCGUAUCAUCAAGACCAUGGCUCCUCAUUCCUUCUCUCCACAUUCUUCAAAGACUCUCCCACGCCAGCAACCCAUAUCUCUUCAAUGUCUCUCGCAACCCGCUACUGAAGUCGUUUCUGAAGCACAGUUUCUAUAAACAAUUCUGCGCCGGUGAGACGCCAGCUGAGACACAGGCUACCAUGAAGUCAUUGCAGGAUAUGGGAUUCAAAGGAACAAUUCUCACAUUCGCGAAGGAGACUGUGUUUGAUUGCAAGACGGGCAAGGAGCAAGGUCUUGGAAUUGAGGCUGCGAAGGACAAUGAUUGCCGAUGGUGUGAGAACAUCGCCGCGUGGAGGGAUGGAACAUUGAAGACGGUCGAGCUACUCCGCGAAGGAGAUCAAUUGGCCACCAAACUUACUGGAGCUGGACCUGGCGUCUGUGAAGCCCUCCACAAUGAUGCUCAACUCCCCAAGCAAUUCGUCGACGCUUGCCACGAAAUUGCUCAAGCAGCCAAGGACCGGGGUGCAUACAUCCUCAUUGACGCCGAAUCCCAGCACUACCAAUGGGGCAUCUUCCGUCUUGGCAUGCAGCUCCAAGAAAGGUUCAACACAAACGGCAACGUCGUUCUCUACAACACAUACCAGGCCUACCUCAAGAGCACACAAGACACUCUCAAGAAGCACCUCCAGAUUGCCUCUGACAAGGGGUUCACUCUUGGUGUCAAGGUUGUUCGCGGCGCUUACAUGGCUUCCGACCCUCGCUCUCUCAUCCACGACACAAAGGAGCACACAGACCAAAACUACGACCAAAUCGCCCAAGGCGUACUCCGUCAAGAAUUCCUUGGCUUUGGCGGCUCAAACUCCAAACCCUUCCCCUCCGCUCAACUCCUCCUCGCCAGCCACAACAAGGAGUCUCUAGUCAAAGCGCACGAGACGCACCAACAGCGCACCAAGGCCAAUCUCCCCACAGUCCCCGUCAAGUUUGCUCAACUCCACGGCAUGUCGGAUGAGGUCAGCUUUGGCCUGCUCAAGCUAAAGGACGACAAGGGUGUUGCGCCUGAAGUGUACAAGUGCACUACGUGGGGAACCCUUGGAGAGUGCAUGGCUUAUUUGACCAGACGCGCUAUGGAGAACAGGGAUGCAGCUUCGAGAACGUUAGAUGAGUACACGGCGCUGAAGAAUGAGGCUUGGAGACGGCUUGCUUUUUGGAGAGCCUAA